CUCCUCUCUCGCUCGGCUGCAGAGCAGAGAACUUCCCCAUCCCUCCUGGGCCGGGGGAGGAGCAGAGCGAGGCGGAAGUGAAAACAAGCCCCGCGGGACGCGGCAGCCCCAGCCUCUCACACGCGCUGCGAGCUCCCUGCCUCUCGCCCGGGCCUCUCCCGCCGCGCGGCUGCUGCAGCCCCCAGACAUUUAUUAUCUGGAACUAGUCCUUCAGCAUCCAACACCAUGAGCAACUACAGUGUGUCUUUGGUCGGCCCUGCUCCUUGGGGUUUUAGACUUCAAGGUGGAAAAGACUUCAACAUGCCUCUGACCAUCUCUAGGUUAAGCGAUUCUGGCAAGGCAGCUCGAGCAAAUGUGGGGAUAGGUGAUGUGGUUCUCACCAUUGAUGGGACAAGUACAGAGGGGAUGACUCAUCUGGAAGCACAAAACAAGAUCAAAGCAUGUACAGGAAAUUUGAACAUGAAUCUGCAAAGAGUGGCCUCUGCACCAAAACCUGAUCCUGUUGUUGUACAAAAGGGAGAACCUAAAGAAGUAGUUAAGCCUGUGCCCAUUGCAUCUGCUGUUGCACCUAAAGUCACUUCCACAAUGAACUUGGCCUACAAUAAGACACCAAGGCCAUUUGGAGUUGUAUCUUCCUCAAAAAUCACUUCCAUUCCAUCACCGUCAUCUGCCUUCACCCCAGCCCAUGCGACUGUUCCAUCAUCUGCUUCCCCUCCACCAUUGGCCACUGUCACUCCUCCCCCAUUCACUGCAUCUGGACUGCAUGUUAAUGCCAAAUCCAGUACUGACCAGCGUUCGCCUGCACUGAAUGCUGCUAAAACUGCAGUUAAUGUCACAUGGCAGCCCAACACAUACAAUACAACCAUGAACACGUAUUCCAACGACAAUGCCCAGGAUGUGGCAGAGGGGCAAAGAAGAGGAGUCAAAGAGAGCCAGGUUGACAAUAAACAGCAAAAUGGUCCACCAAGGAAGCACAUUGUGGAUACCUAUACAGAGUUUUACCACACACCCACUCAUAGUGAUGCCAGCAAAAAACGAUUGAUUGAAGACACUGAAGACUGGCACCCAAGGACAGGAACAACCCAGUCACGUUCUUUUCGGAUCCUUGCCCAAAUCACCGGCACCGAACACAUGAAAGAACCAGAAACUGAGUCUACAAAGAAAACAAAAGAGAGUCAAACAGAAAAUGGAGACCUCAGCAUGUCUGCAGUUCUACCUAAUGAAAUAGAAGCCCAGUAUUCCUCUUUCAAUUUAAAUAAACAUUCAGUAGCUACUCAGACUGUCAAGAUAUCAGCUGCAUCAGAACCUUCGUCAACUCCCUUACCAGCAAUAAGACCAGAAUCAACUUCAUUCAGUUCACCAUUAGCCGAGUCUUCAGCUGUCAUUGUUCCCUCUGCCAGACUUUCUGGAUAUGUUGUCUCAACUUCACCCCAUGAGAGAAAACUCUUGUUUGACAACCCUUUGGAGGCCUUACCUAAGUGUGCACCUCAUCCACCUGCUAUUGUUCAGGUUUUAAAUAUCAGUAGCCAGGUAGCCACACUGUCCAAGGUGGCAUCUACUUACAUUAGGAAAAUAUCUCAAUCUGCAGAGUUGAGUGCUCCAGGUCCAGCCACCUUAAUGACAAAUGAAGCUGGUAAAGGAAGUUCUCUAUCUUGUAAGCACACAGUAGCUACACAGACCUCUGAGCAAUCCUUGCUCGCAGUUGUAUCGGUGGAGCCACCUUCUGCAGGCCAACCAGUGGAAUCCGUGCCUUCUGUGCCUAACAGGCAUGAUGUGUUUGUCCCUUCUGAAAAAACAAGCCCUUUUGAUAAAGUCGCAAGCUCUCAGACUAGAUCAUCUUUGAAUCAUACAAGUCAAAGCUUCUACAUUAAAAAAGCACUGCCUGAAAAUCCAUUGGAAGAUCUGCCAAAGUUUUCUCCCAUCCCUGUUCCUUCUUCCAGGCAGAGCUCAAAAAACAUGAGUGGUGCUGCCGCCACUGUGUCUGCUGCUGUUGCUGUACGGGCCAGACUCUCUGAUCUUAACGUCUACCGUUCGCUCUUGGAUGCCCUUCUCAUCACGCCUAUCACUAAACCUCCUCCUCUACAAAGUGUCAGGCCUGCAAGGAAAUCAACAAGUGCUUUGGAGUUGAAAAAGAAUGAAAGUGAUUCCCUGGAGGCUUCACAGCCUGUUGCUUAUACCGCUGCCUCAGUGAGGAGCAUGCCUGCAAGCCCAGGCAAAACUGAAACUAGUCCAGCUGCAGCCAAUAUCAAAAUGGGGACAGCCUUUAAACCAACUGGAUCUCAGAGUUCUGUCAAAUACUCAGGCUGGCAACCAUCGAACCAAGCAGCUCCUGCAAGUGGAUGGACAUCAAACAAUAUUACACCGUCUGGCGCAACUGCACCAAGUGACAAGUCUGUGAUACAACCUCCGCUAGAAGAACAAGACACUUUGGUCCAGAGAGCAGAGCAUAUUCCAGCAGGAAAGCGUACUCCUAUGUGUGCUCAAUGUAACCAGGUCAUUAGGGGACCUUUCUUGGUGGCUUUAGGGAAAUCCUGGCAUCCAGAAGAGUUUAACUGUGCUCACUGCAGAACUUCUAUGGCUUAUAUUGGGUUUGUGGAAGAGAAGGGGUCUCUCUAUUGCGAGGUCUGCUAUGAGAAGUUCUUUGCUCCUGAAUGUUCUCGAUGCCAGAGGAAGAUACUUGGAGAAGUAAUCAAUGCUUUGAAACAAACUUGGCACGUUUCCUGUUUUGUAUGUGUGGCCUGCAAUAAUCCCAUUCGCAAUAAUGUCUUCCAUUUGGAAGAUGGGGACCCCUAUUGUGAGACAGAUUACUAUGCCCUCUUUGGUACCAUGUGUUAUGGCUGUGAAUUCCCCAUUGAAGCUGGAGACAGGUUUCUUGAAGCCUUGGGCCACACCUGGCAUGACACCUGCUUUGUGUGCUCGGUAUGUUGUGACAGUUUGGAGGGUCAGACAUUCUUUUCCAAAAAGGAUAAGCCACUGUGCAAGAAACAUGCUCACUCAAUGAACUUCUGAAACAUAACAAACAUAAGGAAUGGAGAACGUUGAAUUUCAUCAGCUGUCCGUUUUCAGUAGGCUAAUAAAAUACUUACAUAAGAUUUUAGGCAAUGGAAGAGAGAAGUAAGAAAUGUUGGCUUUUUAUGUAUGAUCAUACUGAGUAUUUAUCAGUGAUUUUUUUUUUAAAUCAGUAAAAAGAGAGGGAGGGUGAUCUGUAUACCAAGAGUAAAUUGAGUGUAAAAAAUACACCCCUUACAGCAUAUCAGUAUAUUGAUCUCAUGAUUUUUUUUAUGGUCAAAAUUGUAUUUGUUUACAUAUCAGAAAUGAGGCUUAUAGAUUAAGAGACCUGAUCAAAUGAGAUUUCAUUUUGUGGGUAUUUAGGAAAAAAAGGGGGGUGGAUUUGGCAUCAGAUAUGUAUACACAUUAUUUUAUAGGAAUGAAUUCUUUUUAUAAAAAAUGGAACACUAUAAAAGAUAAGAAGUGAAUGUAUUUGAAGAAUAUUAAUGCAUGAAAUAUUUGCUGUGAUGCCACAUUCUUUGAGCCCGGGGUGGGCAAUAACACAGCGGGGUUUUGCCAGGGUUUAGCCCCUGGUGGGCCGCCACUGCCAUUUUUACCUGCAUAGCCACAGGUACUGGCAAUCACAGCUCCUGUUGGCUGUGGAAUUGCCUUUCCUGGGCAAUGGGCGUUGCAAGAAGUGGUGUCCAGGUCUGUGCUCUCAUAGCCCAGGAACGGCGAACCGCAGCCAACAGGAGCUGUGAUUGCUGGUAUCUGUGGUCAUACAGAUAAGUAUAGUGGUGGGAGCUUGCCCGGAGCUAACUGUGGUAGACCGGAUCCAGCCCAUGAGCUGGCAUUUGCCCACUCCUUCAUGAGCCCAAGCUACAUUUUAUGGAGUCUUGUCUUUGGUAGUCAAGUCUUCAGCAGAUCUUCAAUGGGCAUUUCAGAGAUUUUUACAUGACCUCCAAAUAAUGAUGGAAUUGCAACUCUGUUGGAAAAUAAGUAUCUAAAAGAUGUCUCGUGAGUCACUAGUGAAAACACAUUGCUCUUCAAAAUGUGGCAAUUACCACCAAAAUGCAAGCCAACAAAAGUGAGGGUGUGAUAUUGUGUCUGAGAAAUAUUUCAUCACACCUUAAAUUUAAGAUUUUCUAGCUUUUCUAUCAAUUAUUGACAAUUACUAGAAGCGCCAAAGGGGAGAGGGAGAAGGAGAGAAAAUUAUUGUGCAAAUGAUGUUCUUGUGUCCAAUACAAGAGACUUCCAGUAUAAUAUGGGAAAUCGCUAAAUUACAACUGAAGAUGUAAUUUUCCCAAGUACAGUUUUCAUCAUGUAGCUCACAAAUGUAUGUAUGUUCAUUUAUUAUACUGAAAACUUAUUGUCCUGCUUGUCUGCUAUAAUCUUAUUAGUUUAACUUUCUCCAGAGACAUAAGUAAUAGAUAGUUUGAUAUAAAAUAUUAAGUUAAGCAGUUCAGUAGCUUUUGGAUUUUGAAAGAGAACAGACGCAACCACUAGAGUAAUUAUGCAUAUAUUGCAAACUGCCAGACUUGUCAGCUGCUUCUGUGAGUUGAUGCAAAAUUAUCCUCUUGAGUAGAGAGCAAGCACAUGGCCUCUGCCCCACUGAGUCAUACUUAAGCUUUCAAAAUAGGACUUGAAUAGUUAGGCAAGAGGAUUUGACCCUUUACAGUGGGUGAAUUUUACCCAGUGAAUGAGAGUCCUCCCCACAGAAGAAGGGGCUUCUGUAUGCCAGUUUAGACUUCUACUAGGAUUUAGGCACACGCUAAUUAGAGGGGGUUGUUAGUUCUGCCAUUAGACCUCAAAUUAACCUCAUUUACUAUUGAGAACUGAUACUAAAGAAGUUUGUCUAUGGCAUUAUGAAGAAAGUCAAAUAAAGAAACUGGCACAUCCGUUUGUUUGCCAUGCUUCAGUAAAGAAAUGUGUAUAAAGUAUGUAUAAAAGAGAGCAACUACAGUGUUGCAAUAUAAAGGUAGAAAAAUUAGUGUUCAGUUGAGUUCACUAUAAAAGGAUUCUUGGUAGGUAGUGUUCACUUUUAGUUGGAGGGGUGUACUUAGUAGAACUACAUUUUAACUUCCAGUCGUAUGGAGGAAAUGUUGUAAAGAAGCUUAAAAUAUUUACAGUUUUCUAGAUAUUUGUGGGAUGUACUAAAAUACCAGAGUGGGAAAUAGACUAGUCAAAUACUUCCAAUGAAGGUACACAGCACGUGCUUUGGAAGGGGAUGAUGGAUAUGGACAUGUUUAAAAUAUACUGUAGUUACUUCAAGUGAAAAGUCUAUAUUUUAAAGGAGGAGAACUGAAAAUCUUUUCACUAGAUACACAGUAUAUAUAUAUAUAUAUUUGCCUGCUUGGAAUUAUACUGCAGUUAACACACAUUGAAUAUUUAUUGAAGUGAUUAUUCGUAACCUUCUGCCCCCUCUUGUGAACCAGGAUUUGGAAUUUCCCAGUUACUAAGGCCAGGUCUACAUGAAAGAGGAAGGUUGACUCAACUCCAACUACAUUAAUUACGUAGUUGGAGUCAAUGUACCUUGAUUUGAGUUUCCCUGCCAUCCCCACAGUUGGAAACUGUUGGGAGCAUUUGCUCCCAUUGGCUUCCAUUAAAUCUCACAGGAGCAGGAGUACUGGCUGCCAACAGAGGCACCCUCUGAGUUCGAUUUAGUGGUGUUUACUAGACCUGCUAAAUCGAAUGCUAGAAGAUUGAUCACGGCAGCAUCAAUCUUCUGUGAAGGGAAGACAUGACCUAAGAAGUGGCCUAAGAAAUUCUAGGAAUCUGGAAGGGGCUAAUUCUGCUGCGUUAUGCAGCAAUUUUAUCCUUUAAUUUGUGCUCUAUUUAUAUUAAUGUACAUGCAUGCGCGCACACGCAUUCUUCAAACCUAAAGUUACUGUUACGUAAUUAAUAUUAAAUGGUGAAAGCAAAUUAUAUAAACAAACAUACAAAAAAGGAACUAUAUGACUAUUAACGUUUUUAAUAGGUGAGAUUCUAGUAGGGCACUUUAUAAGAAUUCUGUCUCUCUCACUGAAUAUAAUUUUGGUUAGGAAUAAUCCACAUUGGUAUCGUUUUUAUUGUACUUUAAAGGAAGCCUUGCUUAUUUACUUCCAGAGUCUUUAGGGGGUUGUUUUUGUUUUGGGGAUUUUGGUUUGGUAUUUUAUUAUUACAGGCUUGAUGUGGUUCAGUUAGCAAUGUCACAUCUUCCUAAAGUAUUUUUCAAACAGUGUUCAGCUUUUGAGCAAAUGUUAGAAUUCUCUAGGUUUAAUCCUGCCUUCUAGAACAAUAGCAGGCAUACCAGAAACUACAUUAUAGCUAGGAAAAUCAACUGUGCUUUUUACAUUCAUGCUCUGUAAGUGAUUUCUCAAAAUAUGCCUGUUGGAGGGCAAGACUGACUUGAAAUGUUUUGAAGUGGAAGUGGGUUUGGGGGUUCCUAAAUUGAACCAUGAUGGCAGGCUUUUCCAAGUUCAAUUACAUCAAGUGUGCUGCUUCAUCUGUAACUAUAAAUAAUGAAUGCUUUAUCAUAAUUUUAAAGACAAAUGCUGGGUAGUAGAUGCAAUAUGUGUUGAUCCGUUCAGUAUCUUUAACUGCUGUUUGCUGUGAUACUAGCAUUUUCUAUUCAUAUGAAUGGCUUUGCAAACAGCAAUAAAAGGAAAAUACUUUAAUUCACAGUUUACAGCUGCUCAAACUUCUGUGUUUUUGCCUUAUUUUGUUUGCUUGCUUCCUUUAUUGCUUUGGCUUCUACUCUUAAUUUCACAUUUGCGAAUUUCAGAAGACAAAACUCUGUUCCUGUUAUCAGUUUUGACUCUGGAUAAAGAUGUAUGAAAAAUAGAGUCAGUAUAGCAAUGUCAUGAUGUACACAUAUUAAUAAACAGGUUUGGAGUUGUA